GAUCAGGCUAAUGUAUUGGCUACCUAAACUGUCCUCUGACAAAGACCCCACCUACUCUCCGGCAAAUCAUGACUCCAGGAAGCUCCGAAGCCGGCUUCGGUGCAGGCUGGACGAUGUGGCUUCUGUGGAUCUUGCUAUUGUCGCCACUCGCCGCAGCGUCUGGUGGCGGGGCAGACUCCAAGGCCGUCACCACCACCCUCACCGCUAAGUGGGCUGACACGCCUCUGCUCCUGGAGGCCAGUGAGUUCCUGGCAGAGGAGAGCCAGGAUAAAUUUUGGGACUUUGUUGAAGCCAGUCAGAACAUAGAGGACAAUGAUGCCAACACAGACCAAGCCUAUUACAAGGUGAUAGUGCAGACAGCGAGCGCCUUGCUCAGCUCUGUCCAAGUCAACAUGCUCAAGUUCGCCCUGUCCCUCAGAGCCUACUCGGCAACAGUGCACUCCUUCCAGCAGAUUGCGUCCAAUGAGCCUCCUCCUGCCGGCUGUUCAGCCUUUUUUAGCGUCCACGGAGAGAAAACGUGCGAUCCCGACACCUUGAAAGCACUCUUGAAAACGGCGUCAGAAAGGCCCAAGCCUUAUCUUUUUAAAGGCGACCAUAAAUAUCCCGGAUCAAAGUCGGACGCUCCCGUCGUCAUCCUGUACGCCGAGUUGGGGAAAGCGCAAUUCCGGGAACUUCACCUGGCCGUCGUGGACAAAGUCGGCGAAGGCCUGGCCACUUACCUGCUCCGUCAUUAUGUUGCUAAUCCAAGCGCAAAGAGGGUCUCUCUCUCCGGAUAUGGAGUGGAGUUGGCCAUCAAAAACCAAGAGUACAAGGCAAAGGAUGACACACAAGUCCAAGGGGCGGAGGGGAACGCCACGAUGAUCAGAGAGAACGAUCCGGUGGAUGAGGUCCAGGGAUUCCUUUUUGGCCGACUCAAGACACUAUACCCAGAAUUGAAAGAACAGCUGAAGGAGCUGAGGAAACAUUUAGUGGAAAGCACCAAUGAAAUGGCACCACUCAAAGUCUGGGAAAUGCAAGACUUGAGUUUCCAGACAGCUGCCCGCAUCCUGGGUGCCCCAGCAGCCGAAGCCCUUAAUGUUAUGAAGGACCUCAGUCAGAACUUCCCCAACAAGGCCAGGUCCAUCACCAAAACAGUGGUCAGCGCCGAGAUACGCAAAGAGAUUGGCGAAAACCAGAAGUUCUUCAAAGGAACACUGGGGCUGCACCCAGGCGACUCUGCCUUGUUCAUCAACGGCCUGCACAUCGAUCUGGACUCCCAAGACAUUUUCAGCGUGUUUGAGGUGCUGCGCAGCGAGGCGCAAGUGAUGGACGGUCUUCGCUCGCUGCUCAUCGACACGCCCUACAUCCACGACAUCCUCAAGCUCAACGUGCAGCCGACAGACUCCGACUACGCCGUCGACAUCCGCAACCCCGCCAUUAGCUGGAUUAACAACUUGGAGAUAGACCACAAGUACAGCUCAUGGCCUUAUAAUGUUCAGGAGUUGCUCAGGCCCACAUUCCCCGGAGUGAUCAGGCAGAUCCGCAAGAACUUCCACAAUCUGGUGAUCAUUCUGGAUCCGACUCAGGAGAGCGCCGUGGAGCUGUUAAGUGUCGCAGAGAUGUUCUAUUCCAACAACAUCCCGCUCAGGAUCGGGCUUGUGUUUGUGGUGUCGGAUGAAGACAACAUUAACGGAAUGGAGGACGCGGGCGUGGCCCUGCUGCGCGCUUACAACUACAUCAGCGACGAGGUGGACAGCCACAGCGCUUUCGACGCAGUUGUCUCGAUGUUCAACCAUGUCCCUCCUGGAGGGCGACUGACGGUCAGCAAUGUGAUUAAAGUUCUGGAGAAGAGGUUCCCCUACGUGGAGGUCAGCAGCGUCCUGGGAGCCGACUCCACCUACGACAAUAACAGAAAGGAAGGACGGGCCUACUAUGAGCAAACCGGAGUGGGCCCACUACCGGUGGUCAUGUACAACGGAAUACCGUUUCCGCGCGAGCACCUGGAGCCGGACGAACUGGAGACGGUCACCAUGCAGAAGAUCCUGGAGACCACUUCUUUCUACCAGAGGGCCGUCUACUUGGGCGAGCUGGCCAGCGAUCACGACGUGGUGGACUUCAUCAUGAACCAGCCCAACGUCGUCCCUCGCAUCAACUCCCGAGUGCUGUCCACCACCAGAACUUACCUGGACCUCUCCGACACCAACAACCAUUUUGUGGACGAUUACGCUCGCUUCUCCACACUGAACAUGCGGGAGAAGAGCACCGCCGUGGCCAACAGCAUCAAUUACAUGACCAAGAAAGCAGAUGAUGGCUACAUUCGGCCUGUGACCUUCUGGGUGGUGGGAGACUUCGACAUGCCUUCAGGACGCCGCCUCCUCUAUGAUGCCAUCAGACACAUGAAAACGAGCAACAACGUACGCCUCGGCAUGAUCAGCAACCCGUCGGCCGAGCUGUCGGCCGAGUCGAGCCGCGUGACGCGUGCCAUCUGGGCCGCCAUGCAGACGCAGUCCGCCAACAACGCCAAGAACUUUAUCACCAAAAUGGCCAAAGAGGACACGGCAGCAGCGCUGCACAAAGGAACCGACAUUACAGAGUUCGCUGUUGGGGGGAUGGACUUGUCAUUGUUCAAGAGUGCAUACGAGAGUCACAAAUUUGACUUCCUGCUUUCCCAUGCCGCCUACUGCCGAGACGUCCUCAAGCUAAAGAAGGGCCAGCGAGCCGUCAUCAGCAACGGACGAAUUAUCGGGCCACUGGAGGAGGAGGAGGUUUUCAACCAGGAUGACUUCCUCCUGCUGGAGAGCAUCAUCCUCAAAACCUCGGGCCAGCGCAUCAAAAGCAAAGUGCAGCAGUUUGGCAUCGAGGAGGACAGGGCCAGCGACCUGGUGAUGAAGGUGGACGCUCUGCUCUCGUCUCAGCCCAAAGGGGAGGCGCGCAUCGAGUAUAGCUUUGCCGACGACCGCCACAGUGCUGUGAAGAUCCGCCCCAAGGAGGGAGACGUAUACUUUGACGUCAUCGCCGUGGUAGAUCCUGUGACGCGGGAUACUCAGAAACUGGCUCCUUUCCUGAUGGUUCUGAAGCAGCUCGUCAACGUCAACCUGCGUGUCUUCAUGAACUGCCAGUCCAAACUUUCUGACAUGCCUCUCAAGAGUUUUUACCGCUAUGUGCUGGAAGCCGAGGUGGCGUUCCAGGCGGACGGCAGCUUCUCUCCCGGCCCGAUGGCGCAGUUCCUGGACAUGCCCCAGUCGCCGCUUUUCACACUGAAUCUCAACACUCCGGAGAGCUGGAUGGUGGAGUCCGUGCGCACGCGUUACGACUUAGACAACAUCUACCUAGAGGAGGUGGAGAACGUUGUAGCGGCGCAGUACGAGCUGGAGCACCUUCUCCUGGAGGGUCACUGUUUCGACGUCAGCUCGGGCCAGCCGCCGCGCGGCCUCCAGUUCACGCUGGGCACCGCCUCCGAGCCCGUCAUUGUGGACACCAUCGUCAUGGCGAACCUUGGUUAUUUCCAGCUCAAGGCCAAUCCAGGUGCCUGGAACCUGAAGCUGAGGAAAGGCAGAUCUGAUGAAAUCUAUAAGAUUUAUAGUCACGACGGGACGGACUCUCCGACAGACUCUGACGACAUCAUUGUGGUCUUGAAUAACUUCAAGAGCCGAAUCAUUAAGGUCAAGGUCCAGAAGAAAGCAGACAAGUUCAACGAGGAGCUGCUAAGCGACAGCAGCGCCGAGGAGAACGACACCGGCUUCUGGAAGUCUCUGACUAGAGGCUUCACGGGCGGCAAGAAGACAGAGGAGGCCAAGCAAGAUAAAGAGGAUGUCAUCAACAUCUUCUCUGUGGCCUCGGGUCACCUGUACGAGCGCUUCCUCAGGAUCAUGAUGCUGUCGGUCCUGAAGAACACCAAGACGCCCGUCAAGUUCUGGUUCCUCAAGAACUACCUGUCGCCAACCUUCAAGGAGUUCAUCCCCCACAUGGCCAAGAAGUACGGCUUCCAGUACGAGCUGGUGCAGUACAAGUGGCCCCGCUGGCUUCACCAGCAGACGGAGAAGCAGAGAAUCAUCUGGGGCUACAAGAUCCUCUUCCUGGAUGUCCUGUUCCCGCUCGCUGUUGACAAGAUCCUCUUUGUGGAUGCUGACCAGAUCGUGCGUACUGACCUGAAGGAGCUGCGGGACUUUGAUCUGGAAGGUGCGCCGUACGGCUACACGCCUUUCUGCGAGAGCAGACGGGAGAUGGACGGUUAUCGAUUCUGGAAGUCCGGAUACUGGGCCAGUCAUUUGGCAGGACGCAAGUACCACAUCAGCGCCCUCUAUGUUGUGGACCUGAAGAAGUUCAGGAAGAUCGCAGCAGGGGAUCGACUACGUGGUCAGUAUCAAGGCCUCAGCCAGGACCCCAACAGUCUGUCCAACCUGGACCAGGAUCUUCCAAACAACAUGAUCCACCAAGUGCCCAUCAAGUCUCUGCCUCAGGAGUGGUUGUGGUGUGAGACGUGGUGCGACAACGCCUCCAAGAAAAAGGCCAAAACUAUAGACUUGUGUAACAACCCAAUGACGAAGGAGCCCAAGCUUCAGGCGGCCGUGCGGAUCGUGACCGAGUGGAGCGACUACGACCAGGAGGUCAAACGGCUGCAGAUGCUCGUCCAACAGGAAGUGACACAGAAAACUACCACAGCAGAGUCGUCCAGCACAGACAAACACACGGAGCUGUAAGGACGCAUAUCUUAUCAGGACGGACGCCAAAGCCAGCUCUGUUUCAAGAGUGCACAUAACGACUGUCCACAAGAUGGCAACUUCCAUAAUCAAGCCGUGUUUUGUUUCAUGGCACCGCCGCCUCACAUUUUUGAGCUUCUGGGUUCCUUCAAGGUUUUUAGCCUUCUGUGGGGAGUUUGCCAGAGUACCUGGAGGACUUUGAGCUUUGGUGAUUUUCUCCAGCAAAUGCAUGUUAGUUUCAUUCAACACUGAACACAAUUGGCAACAGUGAUUGUUCCCUGCGAUCCGCUGGCAACCGGGCCAGGGUGGACCCCUGCCUCUUUCCCAGUCGACUGGGAUGGGCUCCAAUUUGUGAGAGUAUGUGUGUGAGAAAAUGUUAUUUGUGAAAGAUAGUCUAUCAAAUUCCAUUUUUGUGGUCACUAUGAUGUCCAUGCUUGACGACUUUGUUUUCAAUGGCACACACACUGUGGUGUGGUACGAACUUCUUACCUUUUUUUUAACUGCAUUUUUGUCACCGACUUGGGGAAUGAAGACUUUUCUUGAGUGCCGGCACAGAGGGCAAUAAAUUAGUGGAAUAAUUCCUGUGUUUUUGUUGUCAUAUUUUUGUUUAAAUAAAACAAAAAUGCCUAAAUUGGUUGACUUUA